GGGCGGAAAUGAGGCGGUGGCCGGGAGAACUGCGGGGCUGCCAGAGCCCAGCUGGGCCUCUGGUUUACUGGGCGUAGCGGGGACCGGCCCGGUAACGGCCGCUGUUCUGCAGGUUUGAUUAUUGUAUGUCUUGGUGACUUUCUUUUAAAGCCUACCUUAUGUAGAGUUCAGUGAGCAUCUUGGAUUGGUAUCUUCGCAUCUUUCACGAUAUCAGCCUCCCCCUAACCCUUCUAGCGUCCCCGUUGUGCUUGGUGUUUCUGAGUCCUGAGGCUGUCUGUGCCACUGGAGCCUUGGUGGCACAGUGGUUAAGAGCUAUGACUGGUAACCAAAAGAUCGCUUAUAUACCUGGAUCACCAUUUUAUUCUAAAAUCAUUAUGUCUCGAUCACGACAACCUCCCCUUGUGACGGGCAUCUCUCCAAAUGAAGGAAUCCCGUGGACAAAGGUCACAAUUAGAGGGGAGAACCUGGGAACUGGUCCACCUGACCUCAUAGGUCUGACAAUCUGUGGACAUAAUUGCCUCCUGACUGCAGAAUGGAUGUCUGCCAGUAAAAUAGUGUGUCGAGUGGGACAAGCCAAAAAUGACAAAGGGGACAUCAUUGUCACAACCAAGUCAGGUGGCAGAGGAACCUCAACAGUCUCUUUCAAGCUGCUGAAGCCUGAAAAAAUAGGUAUCUUGGAUCAAUCUGCUGUCUGGGUUGAUGAAAUGAGUUAUUAUGAUAUGCGCAAGGACAGGAAUAAAGGAAUUCCUCCUUUGUCCCUACGUCCCACUAAUCCACUUGGGGUUGAGAUUGAAAAAAGUAAAUUGCCCCAGAAGGACUUAGAAAUGCUCUUCCAUGGAAUGAGUGCUGAUUUCACAAGUGAGAAUUUUUCAGCUGCCUGGUAUCUUAUAGAGAAUCACUCAACCACGAGUUUUGAACAGCUCAAAAUGGCAGUCAACAAUCUGAAGAAACAGGCUAACAAGAAGAACGAAGGCAGUCUGGCAUACGUGAAAGGAGGUCUCAGUACUUUCUUUGAAGCACAAGAUGCCCUCUCAGCAAUCCAUCAAAAACUGGAAGCAGAUGGAACGGAAAAAGUAGAGGGAUCCAUGACACAGAAACUGGAGAAUGUUCUGAACAGAGCGAGUAAUACUGCAGACACAUUAUUUCAAGAAGUUUUAGGUCGAAAGGACAAGGCAGAUUCCACUAGAAAUGCACUCAAUGUGCUCCAGCGAUUUAAGUUUCUUUUCAACCUCCCUCUAAAUAUUGAAAGGAAUAUUCAAAAGGGUGAUUAUGAUGUGGUUAUCAAUGAUUAUGAAAAGGCCAAGUCACUCUUUGGGAAAACAGAGGUGCAAGUUUUCAAGAAAUAUUAUGCUGAAGUAGAAACACGAAUUGAAGCUUUAAGAGAAUUACUUCUAGAGAAAUUGCUUGAGACACCGUCAACCUUACAUGACCAAAAACGUUAUAUAAGGUAUCUGUCUGAUCUUCACGCACCUGGUGACCCUGCUUGGCAGUGUAUUGGAGCCCAACACAAGUGGAUCCUUCAGCUCAUGCACCGUUGCAAAGAGGGCCAUGUAAAAGACCUGAAAGGGGGCCCAGGCCUGCAUAGCCCCAUGUUGGAUCUUGAUAAUGAUGUACGCUCUUCGGUGCUGGGUCAUCUUAGUCACACAGCAUCACUCAAGAGGGGCAGCAGCUUUCAGCCUGGUCGAGAUGACUCAUGGAGAUACAAAACUCCCCACCGGGUGGCGUUUGUUGAAAAACUGACCAAGCUGGUUUUAAGUCAGCUGCCUAACUUCUGGAAGCUCUGGAUUUCAUAUGUGAACGGAAGCCUUUUCAGUGAGACUGCUGAGAAGUCAGGCCAAAUGGAAAGAUCUAAGAAUGUAAGACAAAGACAAAAUGAUUUUAAGAAAAUGGUUCAGGAACUAAUGCAGUCUCUCGUGAAGCUGACUCGUGGCGCCUUGCUCCCGUUCACCAUCAGGGAUGGGGAUGUACGUCAGUACGGAGGCUGGGAGGGGACGUCUGGGCUCUCAGGGCAGUGGCUGUCCCGUGCCAUUCAGACUGUAAGGCUUACCUAUGAAUCGUUGACUGCCCUGGAGAUCCCUAAUGACAUGUUACAGACCAUCCAGGAUCUCAUUCUGGAUCUCCGAGUACGCUGUGUGAUGGUCACACUGCAGCACACAGCAGAAGAAAUAAAGAGAUUAGCUGAAAAGGAAGACUGGAUUGUUGACAAUGAAGGACUGACUUCUCUACCUUGUCAGUUUGAGCAGUGCAUUGUGUGCUCCCUGCAGGCACUGAAGGGAGUCCUGGAGUGCAAGCCGGGAGAAGCCAGCGUCUUCCAGCAACCUAAAACACAGGAGGAGGUUUGCCAACUAAGUGUCAAUAUCAUGCAGAUUUUUGUACACUGUCUGGAACAGUUGAGCACCAAGCCUGAUGCGGACAUAGAUACCACACAUCUUUCUGUUGAUGUUUCUUCUCCUGACUUGUUUGGAAGUAUCCAUGAAGACUUCAGUUUAACUUCUGAACAGCGGCUUUUGAUAGUCCUGAGUAAUUGUUGCUAUCUAGAACGUCACACCUUCUUAAAUAUAGCGGAACAUUUUGAAAAGCACAGCUUCCAGGGAAUAGAGAAAAUAACACAGGUUAGCAUGGCCUCACUGAAAGAAUUAGACCAAAGGCUCUUUGAAAAUUACAUUGAGUUGAAAGCAGAUCCCAUCGUGGGCUCCCUGGAGCCUGGGAUUUAUGCAGGCUGUUUUGAUUGGAAAGAUUGCCUGCCUCCAACAGGUGUCAGAAACUAUUUAAAAGAAGCUCUGGUGAACAUAAUUGCUGUGCAUGCAGAGGUGUUCACUAUUUCAAAAGAAUUGGUGCCUCGGGUACUGACCAAGGUGGUGGAAGCUGUUUCUGAAGAGCUGAGUCGACUGAUGCAGUGUGUGUCAUCGUUCAGCAAAAAUGGAGCAUUACAGGCAAGGCUUGAAAUCUAUGCCUUAAGGGAUGCUGUGGUUAUUUACCUGACACCUGAAAGCAAGUCUAGUUUUAAACAAGCUUUGGAAGUCCUGCCUCAACUCUCAAGUGGCGCAGAUAAAAAGUUACUGGAAGAGCUUCUGAACAAGUUCAAGAGUAAUAUGCAUCUGCAGCUCACCUGUUUCCAAGCUGCUUCUUCAGCCAUGAUGAAAACAUAAAUACCGCACCCGCAAAACAAGGGUAGUCCAGAAAGAUAACAAAAAUAAAACUAUUAACUUUCUUUAGUUCCCCAGAAGAUAUUUGUGUAUAAAACACUGGGUUUGUAGUUUUUCUUUUUUUCCCAGGUGGUGGCUUAGAAAAAUGUUGAUAUCUUUUCUUUUAACCAAAAUGACCUUGUUCGAAAUGCCCAAGCAGCAUUUGCUUUGUCAUCUCUGUUGUGUUCGGUCUUGUACGACUCUUUGAAACACCUGGUAAACUCUGUGUCUCUUAGCUCUGCAUGGCAUGGGGAAUGCUGCAGGCAGAGUUGCUGCAGGGAGUGUUUCCAGAUGCCCUGUGCUGUCCCUGUACAGCGGCGUUGCUCAGCAGCUUCCAAGACACAUAGAGAGAUUGACAAGUAGAGAUACGAAAGUUAUAUUUAGACAUCUUCAGGGCUUUAACUGUCCUAAACUGUACAGCUGCACUUAAAACAAUACAGGCAGCUCUUAGUCUCCUGACUCUAGUGAGUAUUUACAAAAACGGGUGAUCUGCAUUAGAAAUGUUACAUUUAAUGAGUAGAUUAUUUGUUUUCCAAAUGUCCAUGAAUUUCCAUUCCUCUAUCUAAUUUUUAUUUUUACAGUAGUAAACAUACACCUUCUCGGUGUAGUUUUUUUUUUUUUUUUUUUUUCUCACUUCACUGUUUAUUUGCCUGCGCCACUAAAUUCCUGUCAAUGUGUUUGCCUGUCCCUGAGGAUCUUAGUGUUACAUUUAACUGCUUUGUUGUGGUGGCUGCAGUCUGCAGUGUUUGCUAAAGAACAAACCAAGCCCUGGCACUCAUGGCUCACGCCCUAUCCAUACAGCCCUUUGAACGCCAUCUGGCUCCUUCCCUCCAACAGUUUGUUUUCUCUCCUCCACUUCUUGCCCUUGGGAGUAUCUUGCUCAGUAGCCACGAGAAUGCUGGCCUGCACUGCCUACAUUUCCUGAGAUUCGAAGUGUCUUAGUCAUCUAGUGCUGCUAUAACAGAAAUACGACAAGUGGAUGGCUUUAACAAACAGAAGUUUAUUCUCUAACAGUUUAGGGGCUAGAAGUCUAUAUUCAGGGUGCCAGCUCUGUGGUAAGGAUUUCUCUCUGUUGAUUCUGCAAGAAGGUCCUUGUCAUCAAUUUUCUCCUGGUCUGGGAGCUUCUUGGCGCAAGGACCCUGGGUCCAAAUGAAUGUACUCUGCUUCUGGCACAUCUGUCUUGGUGGCAUGAGGUCCUGCUCCUCUCUCCUCACUUCUCUUUUUUAUAUCUCAAAACAGAUUGACUCAAGAUACAGCCUAAUCUUGUAUAUUGAGUCCUGUCUCAUUAACAUAACUGCCUCUAAUCCUGCCUCAUUAGCAUAAUAGAGGUAGGAUUUAUAACACAGUAAAAUCACAUCAGAUGACAAAAUGGCAAAAAAGCGCACAGUACUGGGAAUCAUGGCCUAGCCAAGCUGAUAACAUAUCUCACAUAACUUUCCCCCACCUAACACUGUCAUACUAUGAGCAAUUCUCUACUUGUAGUCUGUUUGUCAAGGUUUUCAGACUUUUCUGUGGGUCUCAUAGAAUCCCACGCUUUAAUGCUGAAGUUAAUGUCUUUAACAAUACAAGUAAUUUUAGAGCACAGUGAAGCCACAUAAAGUACAACUUAAGUAAAUGCUAUUGUGUUUGUUCAUUUGAUGUAUGGGGGGAAGUCAUAGUAACUUGAAAUGAAAGUUUAAUCUUUUACAAAUGGGUUUGAUAAGGCGUACUAAGCACUAGAGGGACUGUGUCUCUCCUAAAGCAUGAUAGCCAUUGUAGUCUAACAUGGCUCUGAGCUAGACUGCAAAACUGCAAUCCUGAAUGUUUGUGUUAUUUUCAAUAUCUAGUUCAGAACAUUUAGCCAAUAAAGACUCUAUCUUUGGUGUAAGAUAUAAUUUAGUUGACUUUUUCUCCAAGCGUUUUUAUUUUCAACAUGUUUUUAUUAGUGUUUCAUAUGUCAAGUUUUAACAUUAAAAAUAAAUAUUUAAAUUUGGAUUUACCCUAUGUUUGUCUGAUCAUUGGCAGAAAGCAUCUGUUGGGUGUCCUGCUAAUCCCCUAUUUGUUGGGGGCUCACCAUGUGCUAGGAGCCCUGGUGGCACAGGUGUUACGUACUCAGCUGCUAACCGAAAAGUUGGUGGUUCCAACCCCCCAGUCACUCUGCGGGAGAAAGAUGUGGCAGCCUGCUUCAUCUUUGGUUCAUUUGCUUUAUUUUACAGCGUUGGAAACCCUGUGAGGCAGUUCUGCUCAAUCCUAUAGGCUCACUAUGAGUCAGAAGCAGCAGGUUUGGUUUUUUUGUUGGUUAUCACGUGUUAGGUGUCAUAUCAGAUUGUCUCAUUUAAUCCUCACAACAACGUUUUGACAACCUUAUGAGCUAGGUGGCCUUAUCUCCAUUUCACAGAUGAGGAAAUUGGGAGUUAGAGGUUUGUAACUUAUUUUAAUUAUAAGGUAAGUGGCCGAGUCAGGGCUCUGCCUGCUGGGUGUCUGGCUUCAUGUCUCAUUAACUCAGCCCAUGUACAGCUCUUGCUCCCAGGUGAACCUGUUUUCUGUUGUUCAACCCCAGUGACACAGCUCUGGUGAAGCACAUAAAUGCCAGAGGUCAGUACCCUUUAACAGCAUAGGAACAAGUUAAAUGCUUUUGUGGCCCCAGAAUGGAGAGGUAGGGACAUAAAAUCCCCGUACCCAAAUGAGGUGGUUCGAGGAAUACUUUUCCAACAGACAAGGGGGACUUCUUGGAAGAAAGGGGGAUUUCAAGAGCUACUUGAGUUAUUGCAGAAGAAUUUAGUGGUUAAGAGGUGGUGGGUAAAUAGGAGUUAGGUUAGAGGAAAGGUGAGAGGUAUAGGAGAACUCAGAGCAAGUUUACAGAGAGGUACCCCAGAAAAAGAAGGAAGGUGUUCAAAGGUGUUUUCAGCCCUCAGGUAGCACUUUGGUUUUAGCACAUCCAUGUUUGUGUGGAUCAGGACGGCUUCAUGUGACUUAGCUAAGUCUCCCUCACUUUAAAUGCAAAAGGAAUAUUAGCAACUAGUUUGGUUUUACUAAGACUUUCUAUAUCAGUGUACCAUGAAAGUGGCAUGUUCUAGAAAUGACUUGGGCAUUGCAAAACAAGAAUCAUUGCUGGAGCCACAGUUUACUGAGUCACUCUGCUGUCUUGUCAUCCCGCAUGCAAUUUCUUAAAGGGAAUUAGCAGCAAAGAUUAAAUGUUCAUUCUCAGUUUGGGACAGGGUGGUGCCGUGUGCAUCUGUUUUAAUCAUGUGCUGUGGCGUAUUAAGCUAUUAGUUGUGUCAGAGCAUCAGAAUGUGUUUGUUGAAAAGCUAUAAAUUUCAGCCAGUUUUUAAUCAAGGUUCUAAAAUAAAGGGAAAUAUAUUUUAUUUAAUAUAUACUAAAAUAAUUAACUAUAGCUUUAUGGAGUGAAACUUACCUACAAUUUGUCCUUAAACAUUUAUUUAGCAAUACUCUUAUAAAGAUUGUUGUAUGGAUUUAUAAACUGCUUUCUGAGUCUGAAAGAUACAGUCAUAUUUGACAUACAUACCUCAGUUGGAGCUGCAGUUCUAAUAAUUCAGCUUUGCCUUCAAUACUAGCUGUGUAUUUUUAUAUGGUAGGGUCAUGAUGUGUUUUGUGUACUGAUGUCAUCUUGUUUUCUUUUUACCCGCAUUUUUUAUUAAGUUUUAAUUAUAUUUAUAUUAAGUUUUAUUGUACAUAUCACUGGAAAGCAUUUUUUUUAACCUGGUCAGAUUAUAAAUACAUAACAAUAAAUACUUUAUGAACAGAAUUGGGAUCUUUAGAUUACCUCUUUGCAGUUUGUCUAAUAAAAGCCCAAAACCAGAUGCUGGAGAGUCGAUUCUAACCAUUUUUGUGUCCGAGUAGAACUGUGUUCCAUAGGGUUUUCAGUGGCUGAUUUUUCAGAAGUAGAUCACCAGGCCUUCUCAGGCACUUCUGGAUGGACUCAAACCUCGAGGCUUCAUUUAGCAACCAAGAGUGGCAACCGUUUGGACCACCCAGGAAUGGUAAAAGUAUCUUUUUCUUGUCGAGGCACAUAAACUUAUAGACGAGGUUAGCGCUUAAACCAGUCAUCCUGUCUUUCAUCAGUGUUUUCACCAUGACUGAUUCCCACUGGUUUUGUUAUUGCAGUUGUUAUUGAUACUGCUUCUGUCAAGUUUUGCUUGAAUAUUCCUGUCCUACCUGCCUACAAACCCUCUAGCUAUGCACAAAUCCCUGGAAACCCAGACCACUGCCUAGACUCUUAACUGCAAAAAAAGGCCCACAAAAGGACCCAUCUUGGAGAUUUCCAAGGAGCUUUUGGUGGAUUUGAACUGUCAACCUUUUGGUUAGCAGCUGUAGCACCCUGUAGCUCUUAACCACUGAGCUACCAGGGCCCUGCAGCAUGGCGGUAGGAAGAGUAAAACAGGAAAAAAUGAGGUCAGGGAUCACAGAAAUCAAGGAAAGAGCAAGAAUUAUAAUAAGAACCAAGAGAUUGUUAUAGCUAUGUCAAAAGCAUGAGUACUGAGAAAUGGCUGCUGGAUUUGACAUUUAGAAAAGUAGAAAUGGCCAAGUAGAAAGUGUGAAGGAAGGAGUCAGAGAGACUGAUCCCCUUCACUGCCUCUUCACUGAAGAUCACAAAGUAUCCUGGCCUCAGGGCAAAAGUGAAGCUUCUAAAGGCCAUUCUUUAGGGUUCUCCUCAGCUCCCUUCUCAAAGUCUCUUUCUGGGUGUCUAAUUCUUACUGCCUCUGAUUGUUUCAGGUGAAUGACUUACAAAUAUUUACAUCGGUUCCUUUCUCUUUUCCAGUGUCCUCUCAGUGGCACAGGGGCUUCUGGAUGUGUGGCCAGGUGUCAGAUGGCCACAGAAUAGUUUUCUGCUCCAUGUUGUUUCACUUUCCUCUGCUCUCAGCUGACCGCAAAGGCCUUCCCUGGACUGUGUGAAGGAACACCAAGUGUAGUCAGUAGUGCUUUGCUGCCUUGCAGCAGAACCAUCAGCUCCUUCAGGACGAUGCCACACAUCUUAGCGCAACAGCCAGAACAGAGUGACCCCCACAAAACAGUUGUUGGAUAGUUUAUAUUAGCAAAUGUGUCAGAUUGCCUUUCCAUAUUUUUAAAUUAAAUUUGUACUUUUACGUAGCUUAGAGUCAGAUAGUUCCAUAGAGCUGGUUGUGAAAAUGAGCAGUCCCUCUGUACAUCCCUCCCCCAUUGCCUGCUCCCUAAACAUACCAGCUUUCAACUCCUUGGAUCUGAUUGUUCGAUAUUUACCUUGAGGUCUCUACCUUACAGGUUUGUUUUGCUACUUUUUAAUUCUUCAGUUUUAGGCACUGUGGUCUUCCUGCAAUAGAAGAUGAGAAUUUAUCUUUCUUUUAUGUCUUUUACCACACAUGCAUAUUUCCCUUAGCCCCUUUCUGCCAGUGUGUUCAUUUUGGUUAUUAGAUUGAUAUUCACUGUUGAAAUUAUGCAAAUGUAUGUGCCAGUCAACACUAAGCUAGUAAUACAAUAGGAUACUUUCCCUAUUCCACUUUUUGUAUUUUCUUUGUAGUCUGUCAUUUUCACUCAUCCCAAAACUCCCUCUACCCAAGUUAUGCAAAUGUCCUUGAAAUAUAUUCAAACACAUAGAUACAUGAGCAAGUUUAUAUUGAACAAUUUCACCCACAGCUUUCUGGCGUACUCCAGUUUGGACUGGUUGCUCUCUUGGUCUGCUUCACACCUGUCGUCUUGGGAUCUCUCUUCAUGAUCAUCAUCCUGGAAAAUCCUUUUGCUUCUCUUCUGUGUUGGAUCAACGGCUUUUGUAUCCCAUGUCAUCAUCUUUCUUGGUUUGCUUCCUCACUUGGUAGAACUCAACCUCUGGUACCUGAGAAAGAGUAUAAUGGGAGGUUAAUUUUUUGAGACCUUGAAUGUUUGAAGAAAAUCUUUAUUGUAUUGUCACAUUUAAUUGAUAGUUUGGUUGGAUAUAGAAUUCUAGGUUGGAAAUCAUUGUUCCUCAGAAUUCUGAAGCCUUCGUACCAUUGUCCUCCACAGCGUCUCUCUAUCUUUCCUUGUAGAAUCUUCUCCUUUUCCCAGCUUUGUGAAUUUUCAUAAUGUCCUUUUCGCCCUAGUGCUGAGUCUGAUGUCUUUAGAAUCUGGGAAAUUUUCUUGAAUUAUUUCUUUUGAGUCUCACCCUCCCCGCCUAACCCUCCUAUACCUGCUUUUUCCUUUAUUUUUAGUAUUCGGACCUCUGGUCUCUUUUUUUUUUUUUUUAAUGUAUUUUCCUGUUUCUCAUUUUAUUUAUUUUGUUGUUGUUGAGAACAUACACAGCAAAACAUACACCAAUUCAACGGUUUCUACAUGUACAAUUCAGUGACAUUGAUUACAUUCUUCAAGUUGUGCAACCAUUCUCACCUUCCUUUUCUGAGUUGUUCUUUCCCCAUUAACAUAAACUCACUGCUCCCUAAGGUUCCUGUCUAAUCUUUUGAGUUGCUGUUUUCAGUUUGAUCCCAUGUAAUUCUUUAAAAAAUAGAGUGCUUAAGGCAGACAUAUUUUUUACUAGUUAAGCUAAACUGUUGUUUGGUUUUAAGAAGACUUUGUGGUAUAUUUUUGUUUUAACAUUUAAAGAUUUUCUCAGGGCAGCAGUUUCAGGAGUACAUCCAGCCUCCAUGGCUCCAGAAAGCCUACUCCUGGUUUUUCUUUUUUUUUGUAUUUUCAUUCUUCUUUCUAUCUUUCUGUCUUUAUUCAACUCUCUAGAGAUUUCCUCACAUUUAUCGUCCAGUCUUUCUGUUAAUUUUUUAUUUCUGCUAUAAUGUUUUUAUAGGGUUGCUAUGAGUUGGUAUAGACUUAGUGGCAAUGGUUGUGUGUGUGUGUGUGUGUGUGUUUAAUGUUUUUAAUUUAAAAGAGGCUUUUUGUUCUCUGAACACUCCUUUUUGUAGAAUUCUGCUUAUCUUUUCUGGAAAUAGUAAUAUUUACCUUUUAGAAGUCGUUUUUGUCUCUUUUCCAUAGUCUCCAGUUUGCUUUAUUCUGUUUAAUUUGACCUAUAUCUUAAAUAUUAGAAUAAGUAGCAUAAGUGUUCUUUAAAUUUCUAGUAAGCUUUGGCUUCUGUUUGUAUCUAGGGCGCCAGAAAGCUGAAUAGGUUUGCAAGCUCUGUGCAGUGAGUGGAGCUCAUCAGCUAGGAGCUUCAGUUAGGGUAGUAUGAAUGAGGAUUUUCAUUGGAAAUCCCCAAUAUUAUUAUAUUUACAUCAUUUUUCUGAGGCUGGUCAGAUUUCCCAGGGAAGGCUCUUGCAGUCUCAUGACCAGAGUGUAUAAGCUAUAUGUCAGUAUUUUGGGAUGCACGUGGAGGAAGAAGACUUGUAAGACAACUAUUUUCAGGCCAAUACCUCUGCUUUCAACUGGAUCUGGUGUCCCACAGUCUGGAGAUCUUCUGUAUCUACAGUCUCCAGAGAAUAAAGCUAAAGUGAGAAAGUAGAGGGCAAUCGCCCAGUUAUGUAGAAAGGAAAAGGGAACCUCUAGGUUGCAUCCUUAUUUUCCAUACUGCCAACUUAGUGUCUGCUGAAUCAGUUUCCACUCACCCAUGUACUUGGCAGUUUUCACACUCAUGGAUACUAUUUCUUCCACAAUUCUCUUUGUCUUUGUGGAUAUGGGCCUUUUUUAACUACCUGUAACUUGUACUGUCAUUUAGUAGGGUUUUGGCAAGUUUCACCUGCUAUCUGUAACUGAAAGUUCAAGUUCAUUUUUUUGUUUUAUUGGUCAUAAUACAAAACUGUUCAAUGUGCAUGAUAUUCAGAUUUCUUGCUUACAAGAUGUGGUUAUUUACUACAGUUCUUAAAAAUUGAAAGAGAUAUUAGUCGAGAGAGAUCAUGGGCUUCUGUUCUGAUGACCCCACUCCCCUUAAUACUCAAGGUAGCAAAUUAGGCUUAGUAUGAGGGAAAUACCUUUUACUGCAUAAUUAGAAAUAAGGCUUAGAACAUGCCAACGAAAUAUUCUUGCCAUUAAGUCAAACAUGAGUGUCCAGAUCAACUUACCAACUUAUAUGAAAUUUUGGCAAUAAGAGAACAUGUUAAUUGGCAAAAUCAAUUGCAGGAAAAAUUAAAAAGAUAAAAAGGGAGAGGCCAAGGAACCUAUAUAAUAAAAAAUACUUCAGGGAUUUCUCAAGGAGCCCUGGUGGCGCAGUGAGUGGUUAAGUGCUUGGCUGCUAACUGAAAGGUUGGCAGUUCAAACUCACAAACCACUCCACAGGAGAAAGAUGUGACAGUCUGCUUUCGUAAAGAUUACUGCCUUGGAAACCCUAUGGGACAGUUCUGCUCUGUCGUAUAGGGUCACUAUGAGUCAGAAUCGAUUCAAGAGCAACAGGUUCCCCCCCACCCCACCCCCAGAGAUUUAUCGGCCACAUGCAUUGUAUGAAUGUUAUUUGGAUCUUUAAUUGAACCAACAAAUUCUUUUUUUUAAUUAAACAAUUGGAAAUUUUUAAACACUGUGGAUAUUAAAUGAUACUAAGAAAUUGUUAUUUUAUCUUUUAAUUCUGUAAAUGAAAUGAGAAGGUAUCUGAGAUUUGCUUCAAAAUAAUCCAGGGAGCAUGGAAGGGCUCAAGGUGGUUGGGAAGUGGGCAGAAUAUAGAUGAAUUAUGAGUGCCAUUAGCUGAUAAUUGUUGAGUCUGGGUUCAUAAGUAUAUGAUGCUUUAUUAUGCUGUUGUCUCUACUUUUAACAUAUUUGCAGUUUUCCAUAAUAAAAAUCUUUAAAGGGGAAAUACACAAAUGUAGCCAUGAAUAGCCCAGGUCAUUUAUACUAAUCAGUUGAACAAGUACAGAUGACUAAAAUCAAACCCUCUCUUGAUUGGAAGGAGAUGACUGGAGAACCAGCAAGAAUUAGACACCUGCAAGAGGCAAAGGGACAAAUAAGUCCCAGCUGCAUUUGUCUACAUUUCAUAAUAAAACAAAAAAAAGCUCUGAGCUGAAGGAUGUUUGUUAAGGGUGAGUGCUGUAUAAGAAUUCACUACAGCCCUCUCUUAACAUAAAUGAGGGUGGGGGAUAGCUGCUACUAUGACAACAGGGAUAUAUCAGGUAUAUGUCCUGGCAGAUGAAACAUUCUUUUCUUUCCAUAUUAUUGUUGUAAAAUUGUGAAAGUAAAUUUUGGAAAAAGGAUUAUCUCUUUAAAAGAAGAUAAUUUUACAUAGAAAAAAAGGUAUUUCCCUAUUUAAGUAUGAAUACUAAGAGUAUUAGUGAUUUAAAGGAUAAUUAAAAUUAAAAGAUACUUAGCUCAGAUUCUUCUGAUUACUUUGUAGACUGACAAUAACAGCCAUAAACUCGGGCUGCAAUACAAAAAACAACCACCUGAAGGGACUGAGAAAUGAACAAAAGUAGAGUUUAUCCUCACAGUGUAGUAGGUGGGUGGAGUGGGUCCCGUUGCACAUCCUGAACCCUUCUCUCAGCCUUGGAGAGGGAACAAAUUAACACACAGGAAAAAAUAAUCUGCCAGGUCCCCUGAGCCAGGAACUCAGAGCAAGUGCAGCACCCUUGCCUAGGCACAGGCAUAAGCAGCCCACAGACUUUGAAUGCCAUUUGCCCCUGCCUAGACUUGUGUGGGCCUCUUUCAACAGCCUAUGCCCUCAUUAGCAUACUACAACGGGAUAUAUACCUGCAGCCUAUUUUCAACUGCAACAGCUAAGGGGGAGUGGCAGAUUCAUGACAUUUGACACCACCCUGCCCAUUAAGUAGGGUCCUCACCCACAUCAGGGGCCUGAGGACUGGUGACUCCACCCACUCCACCUAGCCACCUGUCUUAGUCAUCUAGUGCUGCUAUAAAAGAAAUACCACAAGUGGAUGGUUUUAACAAAGAAAUUUUAUCACAGUCUAGUAGGACAGAAGUUCAGAAUCAGGGUGUCAGCUCCAGGGGAAGGCUUUCUCUAUCAGCUCUGGAGGAAGGUCCUUCUCAUCAAUCUUGCCAUGGACUAGGAGCUUCUCUGCGCAGGAAUCCCAGGUCCAAAGGUUGCGCUCUGCUCCCAGCACUGCUUUCUUGGUGGUAUGAGGUCCCCACUCUCUGCGUGCUUCCCUUUCAUUUUAUCUCUUGUAAGAUAAAAGGUGGUGCAGGCCACACUCCAGGAAAACUCCCUUUACAUUGGAUGAGGGGUGUGACCUUAGUAAGGGUGUUAACAAUCCUACCCUAAUUCUCUGCAGCAUAAAAUUACAAUCCCAAAAUGGAGGACAACCACACAAUACUGGGAAUCAUGGCCUAACCAAGUUGACACAUUUUUCAGGGGCACAGUUCAAUCCAUGACACCACUGAAGACAGGUCCAAGAAUAAGUAGUGCCUCCCAGUCCUUAAAGCCAACAGCAUUGGAUGCCCAAACUCCGGUUGCAAAACCCACCCACCUACACAGUCUAGGGAACAGGGACACGCUUUCCUCACAGAUAACGCAGGGGCAGAUGUCAGCUCCCUGCCUUGCUCAGCAUGUCACUCCGUACUGCAGCCAGGUACCUGUGCCUACGCCAAUCACCCCUGCCCAUCUAGGACUGUAGCUGAGAGCCAGCACCACACACUUGGAGACCAACUAUCUAGACACCUGAGUGGAAUCCAUACAAGAAAAGUAAAUGGACUCCUGGGAUCAAAUAUCUAGACAGCUCUCAGGUAAUUGUAGGAGACUUCAACACACCACUUUCAGUGAAGGGCAGAACAUCCAAAAAGAAGCUCAGUAAAGACAUGGAAGAUCUAAAUGCCACAGUCAGCAAACUUCAUCACAUACACAUAUACAGAACACUCCACCCAACAGCAGCCAAGUAUACUUUUUUUCCAACACACAUGGAACAGUCUCCGGGAUAGACACAGGCCACAAAGCAAGCCUAAAACAUCAGAAAAUUCCCAAGCAUCUUUUCUGACCAUAAAAGUAGAAAUCAGUAACAGAAAAACCAAGGGAAAAAAAUCAAAUACAUGGAAACUGAACAAUACCUUGCUCAGAAACUACUAGGUUACAGAAGAAAUCAAGGACAGAAUAAAUUUAGGAUGAAAUGAGAAUGAAAACACAUCCUACCAGAACCUUUGGGACACAGCAAAAGCAGUGCUCAGAGGUCAAUUUAUAGCAAUAAAUGCACAAUCCAAACAGAAGACAGGGCCAAAAUCAAAGCAUUAACCAUACAGCUUGAAUAAAUAGCAGCAGAAGAAAGCAAAUAAUAAAAAUUAGAGCAGAAAUAAAUGAAAUAGAGAACAGAAAAAUAAUUGAGUUAACAAGACCAAAAGCUGGUUCUUUGAAAAGUUCGGCAAAAUCAACCAUUGGCCAAAUUGACGAAAGGAGAGGAAGCAAAUAAUGCAAAUAAGAAAUGAGGUAGGCAAUAUCACAACAGAUCCAAAUGAAAUUAAAAGACUCCUAAUGGAAUACUAGAAAACUCUGGUGGUGUAGUGGUUGAGAGCUAUGGCUGCUAACCAAAAGGUCAGCAGCUCAAAUCCAUCAGGCACUCCCUGGAAACUGUAUGUAGCAGUUCUACUCUGAAACACACUCCCUACCUAAACUAACACAAACAGAUAGAACAACUAAAUAAACAAAAGAAGAGAUUGAAGAAGUAAUUUAAAAACUUCCCCCCCACCAGAAAAAAAGAAAAAAGCCCUGGCCCUGACGGCUUCACUAGAGAAUUCUACCAAACUUUCAAAGAAGAGCUAACGUCACUACCACUAAAGGUAUUUCAGAGCAUAGAAAAGGAUGGAAUACUCCUGAACUGAUUCUAUGAAGCCAGCAUAACCCUGAUACCAAAACCAGGGAAAGACACCACAAAAAAAGAAAAUUACAGACCAAUAUCCCUCAUGAACAUAGAUGCAAAAAUCCUCGACAAAAUUCUAGCCAGUAGAAUUCAAUAACAUGUGAAAAAAAUAAUUUACAAUGACCAAGUGGGAUUUAUACCAGGCAUGCAGGGAUGGUUCAACAUUAGAAAAACAAUCAGUGUAAUCCAUCACAUAAAUAAAACAAAAGAUAACCACGUGACAUUAUCAAUUGAUGUAGAAAAGGUGUUUGACAAAGUCCAACACCCAUUCAUGAUAAAAACAGCAAAAUAGGAAUAGAAGGCAAAUUCCUCAACAUAAUAAAGGACAUUUAUACAAAAAACCAACAGCCAAUAUCAGCCAAAUGGCGAGCAUCUGAAAGCAUUCCCCUUGAGAACAGGAACCAGACAAGGAUGCCCUUUAUCACCACUCUUUUUCAACAAUGCUGGAGGUUGUAACUAGAGUAGUUAGGCUAGAAAAAGAAAUAAAGGGCAUGCAAAUUGGUAAGGAAGAAGUAUCCCUAUUUGCAGAUGAUAUGAUCUUAUACACAGAAAACCCCAAAGAAAACUACUGGAACUAAUAGAAGAUUUCAGCAAAAUAUCAGGAUACAAGAUAAACAUACAAAAGUCAUUUGGAUUCCUCUGCACCAAAAAGAACUUCGAAGAGGAAAUCACCAAAUCAAUCCGUAUACAAUAGCCCCCAAGAAGUUAAAAUGCUCAGGAAUAAAUGUAGCCAGGGACGUAAAAGACCUAUAUGAAGACAACUACAAGACAUUACUGCAGGAAAUCAAAAGAGACCUACUUAAGUGGAGAAACAUACCGUGUUCAUGGAUAGAAAGACUCAACAUUAUGAAAAUGUCAGUUACACCCAAAGCAGUCUACAGAUAAUCUGGAUCCAAAUUCCAAUGACAUUUUUUAACAAUAUGGAGAAACCACCAACUUCAUAUGGAAGGGGAAGAGACCCAGAUAAGUAAAGUAUUACUGAAGAAGAAGAAAGUGGGAGGCCUCACGCUACCUGAUUUUAGAACCUAUUACACAGCCACGGUAGAACAGCCUGGUACUGGUACAACAACAGAUACAUAGGCCAAUGGAACAGAAUUGAGAAUCCAGACAUAAAUUCAUUCACCUAUGAGCAACUGAUAUUUGACAAAGGCCCGAAGUCCGUUAACUGGGGAAAAGACAGUCUCUUUAACAAAUGGUGUUGGCAUAACUGGAUAUCCAUCUGCAAAAAAAAAAAUGAAAUAAGACCCAUACCUCACACCAUGCACAAAAACUAA